GUCAGUGUUGCAGAAGUGCGUCAAGGACAACUCCCAGGUGCUCAUCAAUUGCCGCAACAACCGGAAGAUCUUGGCCCGAGUCAAGGCGUUUGAUCGGCACUCGAACAUGGUACUCGAGAAUGUCCGGGAGAUGUGGACUGAGACCCCUCACGGCGGCAAGAAGAAAGCAAAGCCCGUGAACAAGGAUCGCUUCAUCAGCAAGAUGUUCCUUCGCGGCGACUCAGUGAUCCUGGUACUCCGCAAUCCCAAGUUGGCAGCUCAGAGGGUUGUUUUGUUGGCUGCUGUUUGA